UUCACGUGUUUGCGAUUCGAUCAUGGAAUGGAUUCUCUGAAACAUGAAAACUCACCCUUUGUGCAGUUUAAAUUUAGCGAUUGGUUGUAGAUCAAAUAUUUGUUAGCUACAGUAAUUGAAAUAUAUAUUUAUGGAGGAACCUCUUUAUGCUGUGCAGGCCUGAUUCUUGAAAUCUGGAUCCCAUGGGAAACAGAAACAGCACCAGUACCAGUGUGUUGUAUAGACCAUCUUUGUCGUUAUUGGAGUUGAGUAGGUCACCAGAGGAGGAUGAAGCCAAUUACGUAAGAGAAAGAGAGGUAGACAAAUACAUGACCAAGAAACUGGGUAAACUGCUGCUGACCUGUGACAUCUGCUGCAAUUUGUUUGAUUUCGCGGAGCACGCACCCAAGUCUUUAAGCUGCCAGCAUACCAUCUGUUUAUACUGUUUGAAGAAUAUCCACGAGAGAGAUGGUAGAAACAGAGAGCUGCCUUGCCCCAAGUGUCGACGUGUCUUCCGAUGGGAGGGCAGCCUCAAAGAUGUCCCGAACGACCACAAAAUUGUGAAGCUCAUAGAUUUUCUAGCCGAGAAUGCUAAGGGCAAUGUCAAUGUUUGCUUGUCUCAUGGACUGAAACGUUUGAAGCUAUUUUGCACUACUUGCGAGGCCCCUCUUUGUAAAGAGUGCAGCACCACGAAUCACACAGCAGGUCACAGAUUCGUUGCCAUUGAAGAAGGGAUGGCGCCUAAGCUAGAAACAGCAACGGAGAUAUUGACGGAGGCCAGACUAGUUUUGUCAAAGCUCCAGCAGCGACAGUCAAGUCUUCUUGAUAUGAUGGGAAAUAUCAACAUAAUGAAGGACAUUAGUGAAGUGGAGAUCGAUGAAAUAUUUGAAGGACUUAGACUGGACCUGGACAUUCGUAAAAACCAGCUGAAAGAUAUACUCCACGAGAAGUGCGCCUCAAGCAAAGCCAAAAUCACCGAAAGACGCAAACAGCUGAGUCACAUUGAAGGCGUCUACAAGAAGCAGGCAAUGAACCUCGCAACUGCGGUGGAGAAGAAAGAUUUCGUUCGGCUGUGCACGCUGAUGAUGACCUCUCAGCAGGUUCAUGAAUCCGUGUGGCCCAUGGCCGACUAUGAUGAUGAGGAUUUGGAGCCGCACAUCGCCUUCAAUAUUCCCCAAAAUAUGCAUCUUGUCACGCAGCUUAAGAACAUUGGUGAGAUUGAAGAAAAACCGUUAUCGGAAGACGACAUUGAAACGAGCGUACUGGAAGGGUCAAAGCUGGAUCACGCCUUUGGAGUGUGCUUCCCAUUCAUUACACCGGAGUGAUGCGCUCAAGGGUUGAAGUGUGUCAGGGAAGGUCGGUCUACAUAUGGACGUGUGUCAACGGAGUAGCCACGACAAACUUCGAUGUACAUAAAGUUCAAUUUAAUGUUUUAAAAAGCUGAUUAUAUCCCUUGAUAUAGAUACAAAGAUAAGAGAGAGGGAGAAUGAUAAGAGGGAGGGACAAUGAUAAAAGAGAGAGAGAGAGUGAUAAGAGAGAGAAAGAUGAAGGAGAAUGAUAAAAGAAGGACAAGAGAAAGAAUGAUAAGAGGAAGAAUGGUAAUAGAGGGAGAAUGAUAAGAUGAUGAUAAGAGAGAGGGAGGAUGAUAAGAGAGAGGGAGAAUGAUAAGAGAGAGGGAGAAUGAUAAGAUAGAGAAUGAUAACAGAGGGAGAAUGAUAAGAUAGAGGGAGAAUGAUAAAAUAGAGGGAGAAUGAUAACAGAGGGAGAAUGAUAAGAGAGAGGGAGAAUGAUAGGAGAAUGAUAAGAGAGAGGGAGAAUGAUAAGAGAGAGGGAGAAUAAUAGAUAGGGAAAGAUAAAAGAGAGAGGAAUGCUAAGAGUGAAUGAUAAGAGUGAAUGAUUAGAGAUAGAGAAUGAUUAGAUACUAAAUGAUAAGAGAGGGAGAAUAAUAAGAGAGAAUGAUAAUAGAGAAUGAUUAUAUAUCGAAUAAUAAUAGAGAAUGAUUAUAGAUAGAAUAAUAAGAGAGAGAAUGAUAAGAGAAAAUGAUUAUAGAUAGAAGGAUAAGAGAGAGUGUGAUAAGAGAGAAUGAAUAAGAGAUGGUACAUGAGUGAGAGAGACACAUAAUCAAAAAAAAAUAACGUGUUCGAGACUUGAGACAAUGAUGAGCAAACGUCAAACGAUAUCUACUUAGCAAAACAAAAAGACAGAUAGAAUUUAGCUCAUAGAAAGUGAGAAAGAGAGAGUGAAAGAGAGAUCAGACCAAGUAAAUUUUGAUCAACUUCUGUAAUUUAUCGAUUCAUGCUUUGACACAGAUAAUCAAUGUAGAUCAAAUCUUCUCAACACUCCCAAUAGUGCCCAACUUGACCAAAAUGACUUGUUAUUUAGUGUUGCCUAUUUAUGCUUCCAGAAUGAAUGGAGUGACUCAAUGGAGUGACUCAAGCGUGUUUGGCUGACACAUUACUGCAUUCCUUUUUUCCUUGACUUGGAAGAAUAAUCUUUGUUGUAAAGAAAAGUAAAAUGAAGUUCCUCUUUCACACCUUUCAAUCUAUAGGGCAGUUGAUGUAAAGGUCAUUUGAUACCAUGGUGUAACGAGGAUGUCAUGUGGCCAGCACAACGGCCAACACAAUAGAGUUGGGCGGAUUCCUAAAAAUCCCGAAAUUCAAAACCCCAAUGUUCACCAAGAUUCGAACCCAAGUCCUUUCGGUUCGGGAAACAAGCGCUUUACCACCCAGCCACUACUCCCCCUAACCUCUUUAUUUAUAAUUGUCAUUAAUUAGACAUUAAUUAGACAUUUUUUUUUCCUAAACAGUGAAUUAAUAGUUUGGGGCAGGGUGUUCAAGUGGUCAAUCACGAGUUCGGGUCGUGAAUACUGGGGGGGGGGGGGGUUUAAGGUUUAGGAUUUUUAUGAUGUCCCUGAGUCCGUCCAUGCCUAAUUUGAAUGUGACAAUUAGUUGACGAAAAUAGACGCGGUCACACAUUCAGCUAUAUGAAUGACAAGCUUUGAAAUGACCGGGGGAUGAAGUGACCGGGGGAUGAAAUGACCGGGGAUGAAGUGACCGGGGAUGAAGUGACCAAGGAUGAAGUGACCAGGGGAUGAAAUGACCAGGGGAUGAAAUGACCAGGGGAUGAAAUGACCGGGGAUGAAGUGACCGGGGGAUGAAAUGACCGGGGAUGAAAUGACCGGGGAUGAAGUGACCGGGGGAUGAAGUGACCAGGGGAUGAAAUGACCAGGGGAUGACAUGACCGGGGAUGAAAUGACCGGGGAUGAAGUGACCGGGGAUGAAGUGACCGGGAACCGAAAACAAUUUAUGAGAGUCCAUCAGUGCUUUUGUUUUCUGUACACCGGAUACACCAAUAAAGAGUUGCCUCCCAUUUUCAUGGAACUCUUCAGUCUACUUUUAAAAUGUCAAUUGUUCAAUAUUUUCAUGUAUAUGGCGUAUUUUAUUCUUGUAUUUAUUAAGCACCCAGCAUGACACCUGUACUGGCAUAAUUACAUCAUGUACAGUAAAAACGAAUUGAUUUAUUAA